AUGGACGAAGAUAGACUCUUUCACGGUGUUAGCUUCACCAUCCUACCCGGAACCACGAUAACGCCAGAAAGAGAGGAAUGGUACAUGCACCUCUUGACCAAAGACGGCGCCACCUUUAUUCCCAGACGAGACGAUGGUUCGAUCAAUAACAUUGCCGGCCACACUCACAUCAUCACCGACGACAUCGACUUUCCCGAGUACGGCAGAGCUCUAGAAUACAACGUUCACGUCGUGCGACCAUCAUGGGUUAUUUCUAGUCAUGAGAAGGGGAGACAGACACAACCACGCCAACACAGCCCAGACCCGUCUAUGUUCUUUAGAGAAGUCAUAGUCUCCUGCGCUGACUUACCGGAAGGAGACAAGGAUGCAAUUAUCGCCGGCACAUUGGCUCUGGGAGGCCUGUACAGUGCGCCAUUGACCAAGCUGGUUACGCAUGUUGUGUCUAUGGAUAUGCACAAUGACAAGUGCCGCACUGUCGAGGCAAAGCAGCUGGCAUGCAAGAUCGUUCUUCCGCACUGGUUUGACGACUGCUUGAAACUCGGCAAGCUGAUCAACGAAGGCCCCUACCUCUUGCCAGACCCUGAGAUCCUCCGCGCGACUUCGGAUGAACCUGUCCGAGCGAGAUCGACACCAGGACUUGAUGGUGCUCUUUCGGCUGUGGCAGGAGCCCCACCAGCAUACAACCCUCCAAUCUCACCUUCCGACUCUCGCAAGCAGCUCGCAGUCUUCAAGGACAAGAAGGUGCUAUUCUCGAAAGACCUGAACAUCAACGAUCACCUGGCAAAGACAUUGCGACACCUCGUAAGCCAAGCUGGAGGCGCCCUCACCACCGACGUCGAGGAAUGCAAUGUAUACAUCGGCCACUACCGCGACGGCAUGGACUAUGUAGCAGCUUCUCGCGCUGAGAAGACUGUCGGAAACCUAUCGUGGUUCUACAACGUCAUCAACCGUAACAAAUGGACAAAUCCUUUGGGCAAGCUUCUACACUACCCAGUCCCAAGAAAUGGUAUCCCUGGUUUUGAAAACACGAGGAUCAGUCUGUCAAAUUACAGCGGUGAAGCUCGCAUCUAUCUGGAGAACCUCUGCAAGGAAGCAGGAGCCGAGUUUACGAAAACUAUGAAGCAAGACAACACCCAUCUCAUCACAGCUCACACCCACUCGGAAAAAUGCGAUGCAGCCCAGGAAUGGAACAUUAACAUUGUCAAUCACCUCUGGCUGGAAGAAAGCUACGCAAAAUGCGCAAUCCAAUCGCUAACAAACAAGCGCUACACACACUUCCCUCCGCGAACAAACCUCAGCGAGAUAGUAGGUCAAACGACCAUCGACUUUAAGAAAGUCCAGAAACUCUAUUUUGCGAGUAAUGAGAAGACGAUCAAGGAUGCAGAGCCAGGAGCAAAGACACCACACCCUUUCCGUGGAGCAGUGAAGGCACCUGACACAUCACCCGGAAAAGGCGUGCCACAGUCCAGUGCUGCGACAUCAAAGGCAAGGUCUUUUGCCGAUGCCCCGGAGCCUAUGGAUGUGGAUGAUCAAGAAGACACGAGUGAAUUCAUGCCUGCACCUCAGACGGCGAAGAAGAGAAAGACAAGGGUUGGUUCGGAUGCAGCAAUGGCCACACCUUCUAUGCUCAGACACAAGGAUGGAGAAAGCACUCCACCCACCACCGGUCGCGCGUCAAAAGAAAAGGCAUUGACCAGUCUGCACGCAUUGAAAGAUGACGUGCUCCUCUACGACCGCGAGAGAAAGCGAAAAGGCGGCGUCGUUCAUGGUGGCAGAAGAACAGCAGAACCCGAAGAAGCGCCCGUCACGAAACCCACAGUCAAAGGACGCAAUAAGCGCAAAAGUGACGAUACGGCCGACGACCAUGCUGAAAUCAGCGAGACCGAAAUCGCCGGUGUCAAGAGUAAAGCCAAGAAGGCAAAGACUGGCACCAAUGAUACUGAAGUCUUGUUCACGAUGAUGGUUACAGGAGAUGAGCGAUGGCUGGGCAAUAUGAAGAAGGAGAGUGCUGAAACUGCAAAACUACGAGCAUUGGGUAUAAAACUCACAGCCGAACCAGCAGAAUGCACACUCCUCUGCGCACCACGCAUCCUUCGCACCAAGAAAUUCAUCGCCGCACUCGCAAACAGUCCUUCCGUCGUCGACAUUGGCUUCCUCGACGAAGCACUCUCAACAAACAUACUACCUGAUGUCGACGAACAUCUUCUUUCCGACGACGAAGCAGAAGAACGUUUAGGAUUCCGCAUGGACGCAGCUCUGGAGAGAGGCGAAGUCAACGCCAACCGCCUCCUCCACGGCUGGACAAUCUUCGUGACCGAAAAAGUCAGCGGGAAAUUCGACACGUACAAAGAAAUCAUCUCCAUCAACGGCGGCACCGCACUCCUGUACAAAGGUCGCACGAAUGUCAUCGCCGGCCCCCGCAUCCCAGCCUCUGAAGACCCAGAAGCAGGACCAGAGACGGAGAACAACGGCAAAGAAGAGGAAUUGGAUAAAGUAUAUCUCAUCUCCGGGACCGCGAAUGAGGAAGUCAAGUUGUGGGAGAAGUUCAGACAAGAGGCGAGGAAGAAGGGGUGUCAUGGUAGGGUUGUCAAGACCGAUUGGCUUAUCAAUCUUGCCAUGAGUCAGAAGGUUGAGUGGGAUGAGAAGUGGGAGUUGAAAGAGGAGACGGUGCCGGGAUGGGAGGAAGGUCGUGGAAAGUAG